AUAAAAUUAAGUCAAUACGAAAAUACGCAAAAAAAUAAGUAAAAUAUCAAGGAGUAUGGAAUUAAGAGUUAGUUGACAAUUGGAAUUGUUGUUGGCUUUCUACUGGAAACAAUAAUUUACCAAAAAAAUAAAAGUAAAAAGACAAUUGAAAUGCUGUAUAUAGUUGGGUUAGGACUUGGUGAUGUUAAAGAUAUUACAGUGAAAGGUUUGGAAAUAGUGAGGAAAACAGACAAGAUUUAUUUAGAGUCAUACACAUCAGUGUUGAGUGUUGGGAAAGAUAAAUUGGAAGAGUUCUAUGGCCGGCCCAUCAUCGUCGCAGACAGGGAUUUGGUGGAACAGGGCGCAGAUUUGAUUUUGAAAGAUGCGGCUGAUAAGGACGUGGCAUUCCUGGUGGUGGGCGACCCUUUCGGGGCUACCACUCACGCCGACCUGGUCCUCCGGGCCAAGGAAGCUGGUAUUCGAGUCGAGAUCAUCCACAAUGCAUCCAUAAUGAAUGCCAUAGCAUGCUGUGGUCUGCAAUUGUACAGUUUCGGAGAAGCAGUUUCCAUUCCGUACUGGACCGAGACGUGGAAACCGGACAGCUUCUAUGAUAAGAUAGCUGCCAAUAGGAGGAGAGGCCUGCAUACGUUGUGCCUCCUAGACAUUCAGGUGAAGGAGCCAACACCUGAAAGUUUGACGAGGAAGACAAAGACGUACCUGCCUCCUCGCUUCAUGUCGGUCGGAGAAGCGGCACACCAGUUGCUGGAGAUCAUCGGCCGGAAAUGUUCUGACGGUGCGGUCCCUGAAGCUGGAGAUUCGGAACUAGAUCUGACGCUACCUGAUUCUGAAAAUUUAUUGGAUGUGAUGUCACUGGCCUGCUGUACUUGUCGAGAUGGCCAACUUUAAUCUUUGGGGUCAUCAGCAGGCUGGCAGGGUAUGUGGAUUCCAUUCAUCAUUGUUUUUUGAAGUCAUGAAUGACAUGUGCCAAAUCACAUGUUUACCCGAUGUACAAAGGUGCAGUAAACACUAUUCAGGUUCAGUGAAAAUAUAUACACCAAUCCCUUUCUUAGCGCAUCUUAAAAUUGCUCAGAUUAAUCUAGCGUAAUGUUAAUUUUACUGCCCCAGUCGUGAAUAGCACAUCUGUAAAUUUCAGUUAGCACGAAAUCGCCACAGGCAAAAAAAAAAGUCGGGCACGACGUCACAAAGUCUGCUUCAACUCGGUAAACAACAGAUGUGCCGUGGGAUGCUAUACGAGUUAGCUAUACGAGGGGGAGAAUAGAUGCGCACAGGUCUGACUACUACGCUAUUGGCUGUUGUACAAAAAUCAGCUGUGGUUAGUUCAGUUGUGGCUGUGGGGUGUGUAAAGGACCAAAUGUUUUUGCAUCCGGGCAUAAGCCGCUAAGUUGUACUGUUGUCGCCUGGCCACAGGCGGGGUCGUGAUGAACUUCGGUCUAGCCAGUGGCAAGGAAUUCGCACUCACAUAGCAACAUCUGCUGGUAAAGUACGUACGCAAGCACCUACAAUUGGAAUCAUGGCUUCCAAGUGGGAAUGUUAGAUUUUUUUUUUUUUAAGUGAAACUUCUAAUGCGACUUCCAACAAGGUUGGGUUGAACGUUUAACGCUACCAUGGAGAAAGCACUGUUGCGUGAAGCGUUCAACGCUCCUGGGGAUGGGGAAUAGAAAGAGACAGAGCGAGAGUGAAUGCGUGGCACUCGAACGCAUGCGCGUAGUAUACCUGUUACAGGCCAGCGCGAGCGUUAGCAACGAGUAGCGUCCAGUAUUCCAACGCAAGAGGGAGAGAGAAAGAAAGAUACACAAAGGUAGAAAGUAUGA